AUGUCCGAGAGACCUUCCCACCGAGGCGGAGGCCGUGGCGGCGGCGGCGGCCACAGGGGAGGCGGUCACCGGGGAGGUGGCCGCGGCGGAGCUCGAGACGGCGGCGAGCGCGAGCGCCCCAAGAAGGAGAACAUCCUCGACCUGAGCAAGUACAUGGACAAGGAGAUCACCGUUAAGUUCAACGGCGGCCGCGAGGUACGCGGAACGCUAAAAGGUUACGACGCUCUAAUGAACCUCGUCCUGGACGAUGGGAAGGAAACAGUCAGAGAUGAUCAAGGAAACGAGUCGACGAGAUCCCUCGGCCUUGUCGUUGCCAGAGGAACCCUUCUGGUUCUCGUCAGCCCCGUCGAUGGCAGCGAAGAAAUUGCCAACCCUUUUGCCCAAGCUGAGGAGGACUGA